CUAUGUUCCUUGACAGAAGCAAUGUUGGGUGGGUAGAGCUCCUGAGACUGAACAUACAGCCGGGACAGCGCUCAUUGGCACUCCUGUACUGUCACAUUCGCCCUGUCAAUGUGCGAUCUGUCGUGCCAGGCAAUGCAGCUUGGUCGUGGUGGGCUGGGCCUCCGCUUUCUUCAGGGCCGGGAACGGGCGCGUUGGGUUCUCGCCGCCGGGUGUGUCGAAAGGUUCGGAAUCGCGGGCCGGGGCGAGCGGCAGCGCGGGCUGCGGGCGGCGGCGGGUGCAGUCCCAGCGCGCACCGCUGGGUGGUGCCCUCGGCUAAGGCGGCGCCGAGCGACUGCGGCAGCGGAGGCGGCCGAGACCGGACCAGCCCAGCUCAGGAAAACCCUGCCCAGAAAAACCGAGCACAGCACAGCAGAGCAGAGCAGAAGCCAGCCAAGCAAAGCGCAGAGCAGCUCAGAGCAUCCCGGACUAUACCAGCAGAGCCGGCGGAGGUAACCCCGGCUGCUACUGCGGCACGAGCGCUGCCCCGUGUCACCCGCUGCCGGCACAGCCCGGCUCCGUUCCGCACCGCCGGCGGAAUCUCACCCAGCCAGGGAAGGCACCCGGCCCCCUCUUCGCCGCUUUCCGCAGAGAAUCGCCCGGCACAUCCCCGAGACCCAGCCCGGCCGCCGCCGCCGCGCCAUGGCGAUCGCAAGGCAAGUGCUUUGUCUCUCUGCUUUCCUGUCGCUGCCGCUCGCUCGCGCCGAGCCCAUCCGCUACUCCGUAGCCGAGGAGGCGGAAAGCGGCUCCCUGGUGGGCAAGCUGGCGGAGGACGCGGGGCUGACGCCGCCGCAGCUCUCGGCUCGCCGCGCCCGCCUGCUCUCGGAGGACGGCCGCCAGCAUUUGCGCUUAGAGCCCGGCUCCGGCCGCCUCCUCGUGGCGGGGAGGCUGGACCGGGAGCAGCUGUGCGCCCACUCCGACACCUGCAUGCUCCCUUUCGAGCUGCUGCUCUCUGACCCCCUGCAGUUCUUUCGGGUCGAGGUAGUUGUGGAUGAUAUCAAUGACCAUUCUCCUGUGUUCCCUGAGGAACGAGUCACUUUUGACAUCACGGAAAAGAGCGACCCCGGUACGCGUUUCCCUUUGGAAUGUGCUCGUGAUCUCGAUAUUGGCAGCAACACAGUCCAGGCGUACAGCAUCUCUCCCGAAAACGAGUACUUUAGUAUUUUCUAUGGAACUCGAAUUACAGGCAAGAAGUAUCUGGAACUGGUCUUGGAAAAGUCUCUAGACAGAGAGGAGCAGGCAGAGAUGAGUUUCAGUGUUAUUGCUGUGGAUGGGGGCUCUCCUUCCAGAAGUGGCACCACCCAAGUCCAAAUUAUCAUUCUAGAUGUGAAUGACAACGCUCCCGUGUUCACACAGGAGGAGUACACAGGGAAGGUUUUGGAGAACAUGCCAGAAGGCUCUGUGGUUCUGACUGUGCUGGCAACUGAUAAGGAUUCAGGAGUUAAUGGGGAAAUUUCCUACCAGAUAAGUCAGGCAGUGGGGCAGACCGACUCGGCAUUUGUGAUUGAUCCCAGAACUGGUGAAAUUAAAAUCACAAAACCUCUGGACUUUGAGGCAGUACAAACUCACGAACUCACUGUGAGGGCCAGAGAUGGUGGCGGACUCUCAGCAAUCUGCAAAGUGUUGGUGGACGUGGUGGAUGUGAAUGACAAUGCCCCAGAGCUGGCGGUCAGCUCCUUCAGCAGUCCCCUCCCCGAGAACACAGCGCCCGGCACCGUGGUUGCCCUGUUCACGGUCAGGGACCGCGAUUCCGGUGCCAACGGCAAGAUCUCCUGUGCCCUCGACGAUCAGCUCUUCUUCUCCCUGCGGCCAGCCUACAAGAAUUACUAUGAGCUGGUGACAGUGAGCGCGCUGGACCGCGAGCACACGGCCCAGUACGUGCUCAGGGUCACAGCAGCAGACGCGGGCUCCCCUCCUCUCACAAGCACGCACACCUUCACCGUGGACAUCUCGGACGUCAAUGACAACGCCCCCGUCUUCAACCAGACCUCGUACACCAUGUAUGUGCGGGAGAACAACGUGCCCUCGGUGUUGGUGGGGGCCGUGAGCGCUGCAGAUGCUGACGAGGGGCUCAAUGCCAAGGUGACCUAUUCGCUGGCGCCAGGGCCAGCGGCAGAGCGGCCCUCGUGCUCCUGCAUCUCGGUGAACUCGGAGAACGGGCACGUGUUUGUGCUGCGGCCCCUGGACUACGAGCGCCUGAAGCACACCGAGGUCACGGUCAGCGCCUCUGACGCGGGCUCUCCUCCCCUCCGAGCCAACGUCACCGUCCGCCUCGUGGUGCUGGACGAGAAUGACAAUGCCCCGCUCGUGCUCUACCCAGCCCAGGACAGCAGCCCAGCGUCCAGCGAGCUCGUGCCCGUGGCGGCCCAGGCGGGCUACCUCAUCACCAAAGUGGUGGCCGUCGAUGCCGACUCCGCCCAGAACUCGUGGCUCUCGUACCACCUGCUCAGGGCCACCGAGCCCGGCCUCUUCAGCGUGGCUGUGCAGAGCGGCGAGGUGCGUCUCAAGAGGCCGGUGACAGAGAGAGACAGCGUCAAGCACAAGCUCCUUGUGCUGGUCACAGACAACGGCAAGCCCCCACUGUCAGCCACCGCAGCUCUCAGCGCGCUCCUGCUCAAGGACUUCUCGGACGUGCGCCUCCCGCACAGCAGCCCGCCCGCAGACGAGCACGGCGACUCCCUGACCACCUCUUUAAUCAUCUCCUUGGUCUUUGUGUCACUCCUCUUCCUCGUCUCCAGCGCCGUCUUUGUCGCUCGCAAGGUGUGCAAGAGCAAGGAGCUGAAGGCUGCCCAUGUGCUUUACGGUGCCGACAACUUGCAGAGCGGCCUGGCCGAUGCAGCCGCUGCAGGGACCCUGCCCCGCGCCUAUUGCUACGAGAUCAGCCUCACCACGGGCUCGGCCAACAGCGAGUUCCAGUUCCUCAAGCCCAUCCUACCCAGCCUACCAGCACAGCCCUGCACCACAGGCCAGGGCCCCGAGCAACAGGAACAGCAUUUCCCCUGUGUCCCUGUCAGCACAGAGGACACGGCACCAGACAAUGCUGGGACUCUCUCUGCAGGACAGUUCAACGCUCUUUCCUUUAACUAGCACAGGAUCUCCACACACAGAUGUGCCAUGGCUCAUCGAAGGAUGUGAUCCUGGCUGCUGCAUACGGUGAUGGUUCUUCCUGCGUAAAUAUGUUCCCAAUUGGCGUAGCAAAUUUCUUGCUAGUUUUAAGUCUUGUUGACAUUUCUCUUUCACUCAAGAAAUACUAAGAAGAAGGGAAAGAUACUGCAAUUCUCUCCCUCAGUCAAUAGUCUGUUUCAGUCCGAUCAAAGCCAUUUCUCUUUGGUUUUAGUUAUGCACUCCCAUCUUUGCUCUUGUUUCUCUUGCUCUUACACCAGAUCUUUGAAUAUUUAUUCUUUGUUAUAAUUCAAUGUGACAGUUGAAUAGACAAAUCUCAAACUUGCUGAAAUGAUCUAAACCCUAUACACCAUCUGAGAAAAGUUAGUUUGAAUACUGUGUCAUGACGUUCUGUUAGCACAUAUCUUUGGGUUUUUUUUUUUUUUUCCCUGCGGUUCAGGAUGGCUUUCUCUGACAUGGGUGGAUUCUGAGUUUCAUUUUUUUUCUCAGUCUAUCUGUCUGUACGGCCCUUGUGCAUCUGCAGAUGCUUCACUGCUUUAGGCCAGAGAAACAGUGAAUUUGUUCAAUCCAACCAUUCUAAUGCUUGCAAUUCCAGCUCUGCACAGUCAAAGACGAUUUUGACCCCCUGAGUCUCGGGUCUCAUCUUCUUCCAGGCAGAGAGAAGCACGAAAAUGUACAAUGAAAUCUUCCUUUGUCCUCUCUGUGGCUUAGGUGUUCUAACCCUUAUGGUCUGGCUUUUAAAUACAGCAACAUCUGAUGUGUUAGGGUAGGCUAUAACUGCAGGGAGUCACAAAAACUUAUUCUUUUUUUUGUGUGUGUGUGUGUUUGUGUGUGUGCAUGAAAACCACACAUGCCUAUCAAAGAUAAUUCUCUGAAUUUAGAAUGAAGCAGAAAUAUAAAAGAGGACUUUGAGUUUCAUUUCCUCAUUCUUAUUUCUGAAUUCUGUCUUUUUCAUCUGACUAGAAAGUUGUCACAGCAGAAUUAUUUCUAUUUUUGUGAGAGUCUUCGGAUUCCUAUUUUUACCCUUUCUCCUUCUACCUUCUGAACUGUACUGAGCAUUGUACUGAGACUCCUCCUGUAGACAAGCACUGUCACCCCAUCUCUAAUAACUCGUUGUUUGAAUGAUGUCGGGGGAAAUGAAAUACUGGGAAAGACUCCCUCACGCUGUUUUGUUCAAACGUUAAACACUUUCGCGUUCUAAAUUGGUCUAAGUCUGGGUUUAGAAAUUCAAAAAUAGGUAGAACUGAAAUAAAGAGAAUACCUGUACUCUUUUAGUGCAAAUCGAUUUUUUUGUAGAGACCUUCUUUCUGAGUAAGCCCUCUCUACAAUUUUCCAAAUUCUGCGUGUUGAUUCCUCACAUUGUCGCCCACCACAUGCAAUGUUGAGUGGGUACAGCUCCUGAGUUUGGAGAUGCAGCCGGGAGAGUUCUUUGGCAUUCCUGUGCUGUCACAUUCACCCUGUCCAUGUGCGGUUUUUCGGGCCAGGCAAUACAGCUUGGUCGUGGUGGUCUGAGCCUCGGCUUUAGUCUGGGAUGGGAAAGGGCGCGUUGGGUUCUCGCCACCGAGUGUCUCGAAAGGUUCGGAAUCGCGGGUCAGGGCGAGCGGCAGCGCGGGCUGCGGGCGGCGGCGGGUGCAGUCCCAGCGCGCACCGCUGGGUGGUGCCCUCGGCUAAGGCGGCGCCGAGCGACUGCGGCAGCGGAGGCGGCCGAGCCCGGCCCAGCCCAGCUCAGAAAAAUCCAGCCCAGAAAAACCGAGCCCAGCACAGCAGAACCCAGCCCAGCACGGCAAAACACAGCAAGGCACAGAGCAGCGCAGUUGAGCGCAUCCCGGACUGUACCAGUGGAGCAGAGCGAGGGUGACGGCGGCUGCUGCGGCGAGCGCUCCCCGUGUCUCCCGCUACGGGC